AUGUGGCAGCAAAGUCAAGUCGUCCAAGAUUUCAAGGACGUUACAAUCGUCCAUCUCUCCGUCCACCACAGAGGACCCUCGCUGCUCAACAUCGCCGGAAUGAUCUUCGCUCGCUUUCUCCUCAGUCGCAUCAACAGCCGUCUGACGCAGGGACUUUUUUCGGAAUGCCAGUGCCGUUUCCGCCGUCAUCGCGGCACCACUGACAUGACCUUCGCCGCCCGCCAACUGCAGGAGGAAUGA